CUGGAUUAUGAGUCGCGACAGAGGAAAAACCCAGAAAAGAGGAUAAAGAGACGCCGACCGCGACUCGCUAAAACUCGGCGCCGAUUUCAACGCCAAAUGUUUCUAUCAAAACCGCGGCAAGAGAAGAUGGGAAGACGAUCUUCGCGUUAAAACGAAAAAGAAAAGAAAAGAGAAGAAAAGCUUGGUUUUGCUGUUUUCGCCUUUUGUUAAAUCCGGCUUUCAUUUCUACGCGGAAGUUUCAGAGCUGAGAGUUCGGGUAUUUUGGAUUUCGAUGAUAUAACAAAUUUCAAUUUGCGACUGUAGUGGCAAUACUGUAAAUAUAAUGCAGAAUGAUGGGCCGGAAGGGAAAGGUGCUUUGGAUAGAGAAUCCGUCGUUUGCUCUGACAUCGAGAAGCAGGAGAAUUCAUCGCGGGAGGAGGAUGGAUGUGCGAGCUCAAGUGGGGAAUCUGUUGAUAAAGAUGUGUCGGCAGUGGCAGUGGCAUCGAUCGCCAUCGUGAUCUCCCGUGCGGAUGCGUGCGAUCAGUCCUCGGCAGUUUUGGAUGUGAUGGGGAAUGGUAGCAAGCUUACGGGCGGGCUGGAGAAGGAUGGGAGGGCUGAUGGAGUGGCGGCGAUGGCUCCCAAGAAAGGGUUUUUAGUGAGAAUCGAAAGUUAUCACGAACAAUGCAGAGUUUGUCAGCAACAAUCUGAAGAAACACUGAUGGAUCUUGGAUGCCAAUGUCGAGGUGAACUUGCAAAAGCACACCGGUCCUGCAUAGAGCUUUGGUUUCGUACUAGAGGUUCUAAUAAAUGUGAGAUCUGCCAGCAAGUAGCUGCAAAUGUUCCAAAUCAGGAGUCCCAGCCAACUUCAAGUUACUGGAUUUGGAGGGUUGACCCAGCCUUAGGAGGAUCUAAUUCUGUUGAGACAGAACAGGAAAGGGGUUGCUUUAGUCCGCUUUGGGUUGCGUUCUCAAUUCUUAUCGGGGGACUUCUAUUGGAUGUGCUGAUAUCUAUUUCUCUCGGUGUUUCUGCACUGCCUGUGAACAUCAUAAUUGGUAUCAUCUGUCCAUUGUGUACUUGUCGUGUUGGGAUUGGGAACUGCGCUUCGGCUAGCGCUGGAGUGCUGCCACGAGUGGAGUCUGAGGAGAUCGAUUCGAAGGGCAGAUACGGAUAUAAAUCCUGGGUACCAUCCAGCAGUGUAAAUACAUAAAUGGAUAUAAAAAUCGAAUACAAUUGUUUUAUUUGUUCCUUUCUCCACGUCCAAAAUACUCACCACCGCUUGAUGGGCGAUUGUUGUGAGGGUGCUGUUGUAAUGUUGGCGCUAUGUUUAUCUCU